UACACCAACAUCCGGCGGGAAACAGCUGAGACGAACAGAAAGAGAACAGUCACACAUCUUCGUAUAUCAUCUAAGCGAGGGCUUGACAAGUGCAUUUAUUCACCCAGAAUGGCUCGAACUAGAGCAGGCAAGCCAGGAAGUUGGCACGCAAAUUCAUCCGAUUGGAGUAUUAAAAAGAAGAAAAGGAAGUCGAGAAGGAAGCUAAAAAGGAAAAAUGCUCUGUCUGGGAGGAGGAUGAACGUCCCCUCCCAGCAGCCGUGGCUGCCGUAUAUGUCCCCCAUGGACAUGGACUUCAUCACAGGGUUCGCACACGGGAGCCACCAUCAUCCGCAGGUCAUUGACCUGGACGACCUGGAGAUGUCUCCUGAUGAGAUGGACGAUGAAGUCAUGUUCGGGACUCUCAGGGCAGACAUUGUGGGCAUACAGUACUACAGGGGCAUGGUAAACAAUGGUGAGAUGGUGAGCCUUGAGCGAGAACCUCACAAUGUGUACGACCGCAACGCUAUUCGAGUCACCAACUUGGACCGGGUGCAGGUCGGCCAUCUAAAGAGGGACAUGGCCAAAGCGCUCGCCUUCGUUGUGGACAACAACAUGGCCAGACUGGAAGGUGUGGUUCCCUUUGGAGCAACAAACAAGUACAAGAUGGCCGCCGACCUGACGCUCUGGGGGCGGCCCGAGAAGAAACAGCGGGUAGUGGAUGUCCUGCAGUCACAUGGCCUGUCCCUGGUCACGCCAGGGGGCGUGGCAGCCAAGGCCGGACCCAGCUAUGACUAUAGCCAUGUGGUCACUCACCGCCAGUUCCUCUCCCCAGCGGAGGUGAAGAACGAGCUGGACAAGCUGUUUGAGGCUCUGCAGGAGGAUGACAAGACGACCAUGACGUUCCCGGCACAGGCCAUUAAGUCCGUGCUGUAUCCGCAUCAGAGGCAGGGCCUGAACUGGCUCAUCUCACGAGAGAACGCCGACAACUUGCCGCCAUUUUGGGAGAAGCGGAAGAACGGCUACUUCAACAGCCUCACAGUGUCCACCACCGGCAACCAACCCAACAGCAUCCGAGGAGGUAUCCUGGCCGAUGACAUGGGUCUAGGCAAGACCCUAGAGAUCAUCUCCCUGAUCCUCACCAACUUCGUGGACAAGCAGCCUCUGGCUCAGCCAGUCCCAGGGAGAGUGCGGGCGUCCAAACACCCGAAGAGUCACAGAAGGAAAAGAAAACGGUCUCUGAGUGGUGAGAAAUUAUGUAAAACAGAAGAACAUCUCAAGUCAACAGAGGAGACAAUUUGCCCAUUUGAAAAAAUCCGAGCCCUGGAGGCAGAGAUAGAAUCUCUCGAUGAGCAGAAGGAAAACUCCCUGAGUAGUGAGGAUGGGCCUUGCACCGUGAAGGCCGAGAAGGUCGAGAAGGCCAAGCAUCCCUUCCGUCUGCACCUGAAGCAGGACGCCAGUUUUGUUGAGGUGUCCGGAGAAGGGAGGUCACUCCAGAUGGUCAACAUGGACCUUGACAGCAGGCAGAGAAGAGGUGAUGGCCACAAUGACCUUGACCUAGGGGAAGGGCUUUCUGUGGACCAUACGUCUCUGCUGAAGGAAGUUGACGCCAACUAUCUACCUGAGAUGGAUUUGGAAGUCAAAAGAGAGAAGUCCAGGUCAGCCCGGCCUAAGAGGUGCACGAAGACACCAGCCAGAUACACGUUCAGUGACUCGGACGAGGACUCUGUCGGGGACAAGUUGGAGGAAGAGAAGCGAGUAGGACCAAUUCAGCGCAAUGUUUGUAUGUCAGAGCCAGCUGCAGAGCGGGGAAGAGGUCGAGGUCGCGGACGAGGUCGAGGGUGCGGAAAGGGAGCCACAUGGACCGGGGGGAAAGGAAAGGGGAAGAGUAAAGGGAAGACGCGGGAAGGCAGCUGCCCACCUCUGCCCUGUUUGGACAUGGAGGAGGACCUGCCGGACCUCUCAGUCUCCAGCAUCACUCAAGAUGGAGGAGCGUAUAUCCCGGACGAGUCGGACACGGACUCAAGUGAUGAUGAACUCCCGGAUGUCCAGGUCCCCUUCCAGUGGAAUGAAGCAGGUGUCAGCAAUUGCGACUUUACCACUGGGAGGACUCAAACUGCUGGACCUCGGGCAACUCUCAUUGUCUGUCCCUUGUCGGUGCUCAGUAACUGGCUGGGCCAGUUUGAGGAGCACCUGCAUGAUUGCGUGCACCUGGAGAUCUACACCUACUACGGAGGAAGUCGCACCAAGGACGUCAGCGUCCUGGCCCAGCAGGACAUAGUGCUCACCACAUACUCCACUCUCGCUGCAGAUGCCAAGACCAGAGAGCGGCCUCUGCACAAGGUGGACUGGCUGAGGGUGGUGCUGGACGAGGGGCAUGUCAUCAGGAACCCCAAGGCCCAGCAGACCAAGGCGGUGAUGGAACUCAAGACCCAGCGGAGGUGGGUGCUGACAGGAACUCCGAUUCAGAACUCGAUGAAGGAUCUAUGGUCCCUGAUCAACUUCCUGCAGAUCUCGCCACUCACAGAGCGACAGUGGUGGUACCGUACCAUCGAGAGGCCGCUCGCACGCGGGGACAAGUGUGCUCUCAAACGUGUGCAGCACCUGAUGGCCAACAUCGCGCUACGCCGCACGAAGACCAUGAAGAUAAACAACAAGCCCCUCGUGGAGCUACCGGCUCGGGACACCUUCAUUGAACGCAUCCAGCUGUCAGAGGAGGAGAGGAAGGUCUACACAGUCAUGCAGAAUGAAGGCAAACUUCUCAUCAGCAAGUAUUUCCGUGAGGGCACGCUGCUGCACAACUAUGGCCAGGUGCUGGCCAUCCUGAUGAGGCUGCGGCAGAUGUGCUGCCAUCCUUCCCUGGUGGCAAGGGCUGCUGAGGCUGUCAAGGACACACAAGACUUCCUAGACAAGAUGGACAGGGGAGAGAACAUCGAUGAGGUGAGGCAGAAGUUGGUGGAGACGUUGCUGAUGGUGCUGAAGUCGGGGUCCGACGAGGAAUGCGCCGUGUGUCUGGACAGCCUGAAGAGCCCUGUGAUCACCCCAUGUGCUCACGUCUACUGCCGGAAGUGCAUUGUUGCAGUCAUCAACAACGAGAAGCCCAACUCAAAGUGUCCUCUGUGCAGAGGGAACAUCGAUGAAGCCAAGCUGAUUGAAGUGCCUUCCGAGUUCCAAACAGAGCAAAGCUCCGAACCAAAUUACCUUGCUGACUGGCAGUCGAGUGCAAAGGUCGAUGCACUGAUGAGCGGGCUUGUGAAGCUGAGGACAGAAGACCCGACAGUAAAGAGCCUGGUUGUGUCACAGUUUACCUCGUUCCUCACGCUUCUCGAGGUACCACUUAGAGCUAAUGGCUUCAAGUUUGCUCGCUUGGAUGGCACUAUGUCUGCAGGAAAAAGAACGGCAGCCAUUCAGGAAUUCUCAGAGACAGCCCCCGAGACUCCGACAAUCUUCCUCCUGUCGUUGAAAGCUGGCGGUGUUGGUCUGAACCUCACGGCAGCAUCCAGGGUGUUUCUCAUGGACCCAGCUUGGAACCCAGCAUCGGAGGAGCAGUGCUUUGAUCGAUGUCAUCGUCUGGGUCAGACCAGGGAUGUUACCAUUACCAAGUUCCUGGUGGAGGAGUCGGUGGAGGAGAGGAUGUUGCAGCUGCAGGAGAAGAAGCGCCAGUUGAUGAAUGGAGCGUUUGGACAGAAGCAGACCGUGGAGCAGCGGCGGCAGACCCGUAUCGCCGAGAUCAAGAACCUCAUUGACCUGUAGUCCACCGGGCCGUCAUCUCCGACAUCAAGAACCUCAUCGACCUGUAGUCCACCGGGCCGUCAUCUCCGACAUCAAGAACCUCAUCGAUCUGUAGUCCACCGGGCCGUCAUCUCCGACAUCAAGAACCUCAUCGACCUGUAGUCCACCGGGCCGUCAUCGCCGACAUCAAGAACCUCAUCGACCUGUAGUCCACCGGGCCGUCAUCUCCGACAUCAAGAACCUCAUCGACCUGUAGUCCACCGGGCCGUCAUCGCCGACAUCAAGAACCUCAUCGACCUGUAGUCCACCGGGCCGUCAUCUCCGACAUCAAGAACCUCAUCGACCUGUAGUCCACCAGGCCGUCAUCUCCGACAUCAAGAACCUCAUCGACCUGUAGUCCACCGGGCCGUCAUCUCCGACAUCAAGAACCUCAUCGACCUGUAGUCCACCGGGCCAUCAUCUCCGACAUCAAGAACCUCAUCGACCUGUAGUCCACCGGGCCAUCAUCCCUCAGAAAUAGAGAGAAUCUGGCAGUCAUUGGUUCUUUCAAACCUACAUUUUGGCCACGUCUGGAUAAACUUGCAUAAACUAUACCGGAUAUGGAAUAUGCUUCAGAUAUAGAUGUUACCUUAAGGGAUAUGGAAUAUGCUUCAGAUAUAGAUGUUACCUUAAGGGAUAUCGAAUAUGCUUCAGAUAUAGAUGUUACCUUAAGGGAUAUGGAAUACGCUUCAGAUAUAGAUGUUUCCUUAAGGGACAUGGAAUUAGGUUCAGAUAUAGAUGUUUCCUUAAGGGAUAUGGAAUAAGCUUCAGAUAUAGAUGUUUCCUUAAGGGAUAUGGAAUAAGCUUCAGAUAUAGAUGUUUCCUUAAGGGAUAUGGAAUGAGCUUCAGAUAUAGAUGUUUCCUUAAGGGAUGUGGAAUAAGCUUCAGAUAUAGAUGUUUCCUUAAGGGACAUGGAAUAAGCUUCAGAUAUAGAUGUUUCCUUAAGGGAUAUGGAAUACGCUUCAGAUAUAGAUGUUUCCUUAAGGGACAUGGAAUUAGGUUCAGAUAUAGAUGUUUCCUUAAGGGAUAUGGAAUAAGCUUCAGAUAUAGAUGUUUCCUUAAGGGACAUGGAAUUAGGUUCAGAUAUAGAUGUUUCCUUAAGGGAUAUGGAAUAAGCUUCAGAUAUACAUUUUACCUUAAGGGAUAUGGAAUACGCUAAAGAUAUAGAUGUUUCCUUAAGCGAUAUGGAAUAAGCUUCAGAUAUAGAUGUUACCUUAUAGAUGUUUCCUUAAGGGAUAUGGAAUAAGCUUCAGAUAUAGAUGUUACCUUAAGGGAUAUGGAAUAAGCUUCAGAUAUAGAUGUUACCUUAUAGAUGUUUCCUUAAGGGAUAUGGAAUAAGCUUCAGAUAUAGAUGUUACCUUAUAGAUGUUUCCUUAAGGGAUAUGGAAUAAGCUUCAGAUAUAGAUGUUUCCUUAAGGGAUAUGGAAUAAGCUUCAGAUAUAGAUGUUACCUUAAGGGAUAUGGAAUAAGAUUCAGAUAUAGAUGUUUCCUUAAGGGAUAUGGAAUAAGCUUCAGAUAUAGAUGUUACCUUAAGGGAUAUGGAAUAAGCUUCAGAUAUAGAUGUUACCUUAAGGGAUGUGGAAUAAGCUUCAGAUAUAGAUGUUACCUUAAGGGAUAUCGAAUAUGCUUCAGAUAUAGAUGUUACCUUAAGGGAUAUGGAAUAAGUUUCAGAUAUAGAUGUUACCUUAAGGGAUGUGGAAUACGCUUCAGAUAUAGAUGUUUCCUUAAGGGACAUGGAAUUAGCUUCAGAUAUAGAUGUUUCCUUAAGGGAUAUGGAAUAAGCUUCAGAUAUAGAUGUUUCCUUAAGGGAUAUGGAAUAAGCUUCAGAUGUAGAUGUUACCUUAAGGGAUAUGGAAUAUGCUUCAGAUAUAGGUGUUACCUUAAGGGAUGUGGAAUAAGCUUCAGAUAUAGAUGUUACCUUAAGGGAUGUGGAAUAAGCUUCAGAUAUAGAUGUUUCCUUAAGGGAUGUGGAAUAAGCUUCAGAUAUAGAUGUUCCCUUAAGGGAUAUGGAAUAAGCUUCAGAUAUAGAGGGAGGGAGGGGGUGUGAGGGAGAGGGCGGUUUUGGAAGGGAGAGGGCGGUGUGGGAAGGGAGAGGGCGGUGGGGGAAGGGAGAGGGAGGUGUGGGCAUGAUGUCUCACUUCAUGGUUGGGGCUGAUUAAUCUGGACUGAAGAGUGAGUGUGGGCAAUGGGUGAGAUCGCCAGCAUCAGCUUCUGUUGUGAUUGUGUUCUUCUAAUCUGUUGUGAGGAGUGUUUGUAUGCUAGCAUGAAAAUACAACCUUGUCGUCUUAAAUGGUUGGUUGGUUGGUUUGUUGUUUAACGCCGCACUCAGCAAUAUUCCAGCUUUUAUGACGGCGGUCUGUAAAUAAUUGAGUCUGGACCAGACAAUCCAGUGAUUAAUAUCAUGAGCAUCGAUCCACGAAAUUGGGAUCGAUGACAUGCUUGAUCUAAUCCAAGCAAUAUCUCCUGUGGGAGCCAGUUUUGGAUGAUAAAUGCUAUUACAGCAAUGUUUCAGUGUAGAUCUUUAUGCCGUUGUCAAGCAAGAUAAUGGUAUAAGUAUCUGUAGCAAUAAGUUGAUAUGUAAUUUACUUGUUGAGAGGCAUUUAGAUGUCAUAUGUGGGUAUAUUAAAGAAGUUGUUAUCCAUAAA